AUGGGUAUAAAAAAGAUGUUUAAGAAGAAGGAUCCCACAGAGGGGGAGAUCCGAGACGAAUUAACCCACAUUGGGGUUACUACCAAGUCAGAUAAUAAGACAAGACAAGAGAAGUUUGGGGCAUUUAAGAACUAUGCACAAGAAAGACAAAAUGCUAGACCAGGGUUCCAGCCGGUGAAUCCGUAUGCGAAUGUGAAUGGUGGUAAUGGUAAUGGGAACCCUUAUGCGCAACAAGAAGCUGGUGGUGAUGGUGAUGGUGGGGCAGUAGGUGGUGGUAAUAACAGCUCACCGUAUGACACAACGACGAAUCCUUAUGGAAGUAGGAGUGAAAGAGCAAGUAAUCCGUAUGGAAAUGGGAGUGCGGGUGCAUCUUCGAGAGGCGAGAGGGCUGGAGGUCGAAACACGCUGGCGAAUCCCAAUGGGGGGGCACGGGCACCAGCGAGAGCGAGUGGUUCGAAGCCGAAUCCGUAUGGUGCGUUGGCAGACGAUACAGAGUCGAUAAACACAGCAGUGACAGGAUAUGCGGAUCCGUAUGGCAAUGAGACUGCUCGUGCGUCGAGACAGAGCACCAGACGUCCACGGGCGUACGACGAAGAGUCGUUGGAUUUGAAUGCGAUUCCUUCACACCAGGCGUACACGCCUGGCAAGCCGAUAAAGAGAACGCAGAUGCGCGACGAUGAAACGUUGGAUCUUAAUGAUUUGCCUGAAGAAGAAGACUUGAACCUUGAUGUGGACGAAUUGCCCGAGCAGGAACAGGUGGACUCGGAGGACGAAGAGGUUGAGGCCAUCAAACAGGAUAUCAGAUUCAUCAAGCAGGAAUCGGUUGGUUCGACCAGAAAUACCUUGAGAAUGGCCCAGGAAGCCGAUGCGUCAGCGACUAACACCCUCGGAAUGAUGGGGUCUCAAUCAGAAAGAUUGUACAAUGCCGAGCUGAACUUGUUGUUGGCAGAUACUCAGAGUAAAAUUGCCGAUCAGAAGGUUAAAGACUUGAAGAGAUACAAUAGGUCGAUAUUUGUGCCUGCCUAUGGUAAUCCCUUCAAUAAGAAAUCCAGAUUGCGUCAACAAGAAAUGCAAAUUAAGGCCGAUAAGGCGCAAGAAAAAUACCUUAGAGAUACCAACCGUAAAGAAAUGUAUGCAAGUGAACAAAGAAUCAAACAGGGUAUCAGUCAAAACGCCACCAAUUCCGACGUGCAUCAAAAAUACAGAAGUGAAAGAGAUUUAGAGGCAGCCAAGAGGUACCAAUUCGAAAAUGAUAGUGAGGAUGACGAAAUGGAAAAGGAGUUGGCCAACAAUUUGGACCAGAUUGGAUUGUAUUCCAAGAAAUUACAAAGCUCCGCGAAGACUAUGGGUAAUGAAGUUGAUAGUCAAAAUAAGAGAUUAGGACAGAUUGAAGAAGAUGCCGAUAGAUUAGAUAUUAACGUGCAUAUGAAUAGUGCCAGGUUGAACAACAUUCGAUAA